AUGCGAUGUCCCGUUCUUGCUCGAAUCUGUUUAGAUGGCCUAGGAGAUAGUCAGGAAGGUCUAGUCAAACGGCUUGACUCUUUAUGUUUAGGGCCCAGUUCAGAGAAAGUAACAAUUUUGGCCCGGCAAAGAUCUGAGAUAAGAAAAGAACGAGUUAGCAUGCACUCUUUUGAUCUAAUCAAGCAAGUUACAACUGCAAUUGGCCAGUCAACAAGUGACUUAGAAAUGCGAGACAAAAUCAAACAUGUUUUAGCCGGACAAACCACACAAGCCAGUUCUAUUCUAACACGCGAGGGCCUAUACUUAGUUCUGAAACAAGCUCUAACUCAACUCAACUCUAACUCAACCUAA